AUGAGUGGCGAAGAAUCUAGGAGAGGAUCAUGGAGGGGGGGAGGUCGAGGAUGGAGAGGAGGAGGAGGAGGAGGAGGAGGAAGUGGCUGGAGAGGAGGAGGAGGAGGAGGAAGUGGAGGAGGAGGUUGGAGAGGAGGUGGUGGUGGAUGGAGGGGUCGGCCAUGGAGAGGAGGAUCAGCAGCAGGAGGAGGAGGGUGGAGAGGUGGAUCAGGAAGCCAAACGCCGAGCUCUCAGAGAGUCCCCAUUCAGACCACUCUGGAUGCUUCAUGUCCGUACAAAGGAUGGACUCUGUACUUCACAGAAGGUUUCAUAAAGAGCUCACCCAGUGUGGAGAAAAUCAAAGUAUUUGAGAAAUAUUUUACUUCCAGGAUUCACCUGUACGACAAGGAUGAGAUUGAGCGUCAGGGCAGCGUUCUGGUGGAUUAUUCAGACCUGACCGAAGAUAAAACCGUACGAAAUGCUCUUCCUGACAUCAUCACAGAUCUGAAGGAGCAGCCGGAGGUGAUGUUCAGCUGUCUGGGAGUGGCCAUCCACCAGGUGUUGACUGUAGAUUUGGAGAAACAAGCUGCUGAGCUGCAGGAGGAGGAGCUUCCAGUCGCUGCACCGAUCAUCAAUAUUCCUCACAUCAGUGCCAGGCUGUAUAACUACGAGCCGCUGACUCCUCUGAGGAUGCUCCGGGCCAGCGUGUUCGGCCGGCUGGUCUGUGUGAAGGGAACCGUGGUCAGAGUCGGUAACAUCAGGCCUCAGUGCAGCCGGAUGGCCUUCAGAUGUCUCACCUGCUCACAGACGCUGUCUCUGCCUCUGCAGCACGGAAAAUACGCCACGCCCACCAAGUGUAUCCAGCCCGGCUGUCGCAGUCGAUCCUUCUCUCCCGUCCACGGCUCUCCUCUGACUCACACCGUCGACUGGCAGAUUAUUAAGGUGCAGGAGCUGAUGGGCGGUGAACAGAGGGAGACCGGACGAAUCCCGCGGACCGUCGAGUGUCACCUGACCUCCGACCUCUGCGACAGCUGCGUCCCUGGAGACACCGUUACCGUGACGGGGAUAGUCCGGGUCAUCAAUGACGGCAGCUCCAGAGGAAACAAGGAUCAGUGCAUGUUUCUGCUCUACAUAGAAGCUACUUCUGUCAGCAACUCUAAAGGCCAGCAGUCUAAGCCAGGAGUUCAGGGUUCUGGAGGGUCGGCUGGAGAUCGCUCUGCUGGGGAGGAGUUCAGUCUGAAGGAGCUGUAUGCCGUCCAGGAGAUCCAGUCUCAGCCGGAGCUGCUGCGACUGAUCGUACACUCUUUGUGUCCCGCCAUCUACGGACAUCUGCUGGUGAAAGCCGCCCUGGCUUUAGCGUUGUUUGGAGGUCGACAGAAGCACACGGGGAAGAACAGCGUCCCAGUGAGAGGAGACGCUCACAUCCUGAUAGUAGGAGACCCUGGGCUGGGAAAGAGUCAGAUGUUACAGGCGGUGUGUAACGUGGCUCCUAGAGGAAUUUAUGUGUGCGGUAACAGCACCAGCACCACAGGACUAACAGUGAGUUUAUCCAGAGAUGCAGGAACUGGAGAUUACGCUCUGGAGGCCGGAGCCUUGGUGUUGGCUGACCAAGGCCUGUGUUGCAUCGAUGAGUUUGAUAAGUUGGGUCAGCAGCAGCAGGCUCUGCUGGAAGCCAUGGAGCAGCAGUCGGUGAGUCUGGCGAAGGCUGGGAUAGUUUCCUCUCUGCCCGCCAGAACGUCGGUCAUCGCUGCUGCAAACCCCAUCGGAGGACAUUACAACCGAGGAAAGACAGUUUCCGAGAACCUCAAGAUGGGCUCGGCUCUGCUCUCUCGCUUUGACGUGGUCUUCCUCCUCCUGGACAUCCCUGACGAGUCACAUGACCGCCGCCUGUCGGAGCACGUUAUGGCGAACAGAGCAGGACGAGGCAGAGCCAGCAGCGCCGUGGUUACCAGGAAUAACAGCGGGUUAGAGACGUCCGUCCUGCUGCUGCACUCAGACAUGCCGCUGUCUGAACGCCUGCAGAUCCCUGCAGGUGAAAGUGUGGAUCCCAUCCCAGCGAGCUUGUUGAGGAAGUACAUCAGCUACGCCCGUCAGUACGUCCAUCCAUCGCUGUCUCCUGAAGCAGCUCAGACCCUGCAGGACUUCUAUCUGUCGCUGAGGUCUCAGGCUCACUCUGCCGACGCUACGCCCAUCACCACGAGGCAGCUGGAGUCUCUGAUCAGACUCACCGAGGCAAGAGCCAAACUGGAGCUCAGAGAAACGGCGACUAAGAGCGACGCUGAAGACGUGGUGGAGAUCAUGAAACACAGUCUGGCCGACACAUACUCAGACGGUUUUGGGAACCUGGACUUUGAGCGCUCUCAGCUCGGCUCAGGAAUGAGUCAACGCAGCGCCGGGAAGCGAUUGGUCAACGCUCUGCACGCACACGCUCAGAGGACCAAUCAGAAGCAGUUUGACCUGCAGACGCUUCGAUCCAUCGCCGACAGAAUGAACAUCAAGGUGAUGGACUUUGAAGGUCUCCUGAGUUCCCUGAAUGAACAAGGAUUCCUGCUGAAGAAAGGAUCUAAACUGUACCAGCUGCAGACGAUCUGAUCAACACAAACACAAACCUGCAGAAUAAACCACCAGCUCAGGGUCUGGGUUGAAUUAUUAUUAAAUUAUAUACCCAGUUUACUGUCAUAGAGGAGGAAAGAAACCAGAAAAUAUUCACAUUAAAGAAGGUUUAUUCUGUUUUAUAGAACAUUACUCCCAUCUUCCUGUUUAGAUUUGUUUUUGUUUUCCACACUUUUUAGCAGAAUCAUCCACUUUACAAACUGAUUGUGCUUUAGAAGAAGAAUGUACAUAAAAUCUAAUGUUUGUACAGUAUUUAUGUAUGAAUGUAUAAAGUUCAGUUUCAUUGGAAUUGCAUAUUUUUUACAGUCUUAUUUUCAUAAAUACUCUUAAAGUUG